UGUAGAGUACAUUUCCAAAGAGGGGACACAAAAUUGCCACGCCUUAGCCUUACAAUAUUUCCAACGUCGGUUGUUAAGACUUUAUUACUCCUUAUUGUUCUCAAGUUCUCCUUCUUUAUGUUCCUUCCUUCAUUCUUUCAUUCAUUCAUAUUUGGCGCUUACACUUUUACCGACCCAUCUAACUACCCUUUCCAGUUUCCAUCUUACACCACUCAAAAUCCACUCUUUCUCCAUCGUCAAUGGCGGAAUCACCUACUGUGGAGAUCAAUGGCCUUGAAUUCACCUACCCAGGAAUCGACGGCUACCCACCACCGGGUUCAACCCCUCUAAUCCAAGACUUCUCUCUUACUCUCUUUUCCGGUAAUCGUUGUCUUCUUAUAGGCGCCAAUGGUGCAGGUAAAACAACAAUAUUGAAGAUAUUGGGAGGAAAGCACAUGGUUGAGCCUCAUAUGGUUCGGGUUCUUGGGCGAUCUGCUUUUCAUGAUACUAAUUUAACUUCUUCUGGUGAUUUGUGUUAUCUUGGAGGAGAGUGGAAGCGAGAUGUGGCUUUUGCUGGAUUCGAGGUUUCCAUACAGAUGGAUGUUUCUGCGGAAAAAAUGAUAUUUGGAGUAGGUGGUGUAGAUCCGGGAAGAAGGGCUGAGAUAAUAAAGGUGCUGGACAUUGAUCUAUCUUGGAGGAUGCACAGCGUAUCUGAUGGUCAGAGAAGACGAGUGCAAAUCUGUAUGGGUCUCCUCAAGCCAUUCAAGGUUCUUCUUCUUGAUGAGAUCACUGUUGACCUCGAUGUGCUGGCAAGAGCUGACCUUUUAAGAUUUCUCAAGAAAGAAUGUGAAGAGAGAGGUGCUGUGAUCAUCUAUGCAACACACAUAUUUGAUGGACUCGAAAAUUGGCCUACACACCUUGUGUAUGUGGCUCGUGGCAGAUUACAAUUAUCAAUGCCCAUGGAGAAUUUCAAGGAGAAGUCCAACCUGUCACUAAUGAGAACAGUGGAGAGUUGGUUGAGGAAAGAACGAGACGAAGAGAGAAAAAGAAGGAAGGAAAGAAAAGCAAAAGGCCUCCCAGAAUUUGAGAAGCAAGUUGAUGGAAGCCGAGUAAUUGGUGAUCCUGCCCGUGCUGCUGUUCGCCUUAUGAACAACGGAUGGGCUGCCGGUAGGCUACAUUCUACUCUUGCUGGUGAACAGAACUUCACAUUCAGCUCAAACAGAGUCCUAAGACAAUAGUUUUUCUCAAUUCAAGACAUGAAACUUACUGGGUUUGAAGAUCAUUUAAAAAAUUACUGGAAUUUAGGAUAUAGUAUGCUCUUGACUAUAUGAUUAAGCCAUUUAUAGUAAAGCUCAUUUCCAUCUUCAAAUGGAAUAUAUACAUAUAUAUAGCAUUCAAAAGGCAGGUUUCUGUUGUAUGAUUGAAUUACAUAUUAUUGGGGAAAUUUUAUUGAUAAAUGCAAAUCAUCUCAUUAAAAUUUAUGCGCUGCCACCAGACCCUAUGUGGCUCUUUCCGACCUCAUCCAGCAGCUUGAUUUACGCAGUUUAUUCGGAGUUGUGAAAAAGGCUUUUAAGCUGCAUACUUUAGUCUUCUAGCCUCUAGUGGAGAAGAAAGCUUCAGUGCAUACUUAUGUGGUCAAGUAAGUUGGAUCACAAGAGUGUAGUGCACUACUUCUGAAUUCACUGUAUUUUGGUAGAAAAGGCAUCAAUACGAAGAAGAAUGAAGUUAGAGUUGAUGAACGGGAAAGGGACAUAACUCAUAAUACAUCGACUCUUGUGAUCUUCUAAAUUGAUAGCUCAAGUAUUUUCGAAGAAAUCCCUCACAAGACGUUGUAUACUCAAUUUUUUUGAUAUGGGUAUUGAGCACUGAGCAGUGAUAGUCUUUAUGAACUACCAAGUAUUUGGUCACUAAGAAAACUAAACAAAUUAGAAGCAUUUCAGACUUUUUGGUGUACACUAAGGGUGUUUGGUAUGAACUUUUUAAUGUCAAGUAAGGAAUCAUUCAAUUAACAUUAAUCUACAUUUUUUGAUUGUAUAAUAUUAGGUUAACUUAAUCCAUUUUUUGAGGGUAAUGAAUACCCUUAUUUUGUUAUCACUCAUAUAUAUCAAGUAACAAAUUCCCUAUUUUAAGGUACUAUUGUCUUAAGUGUUUCCCUUAUAUUGUUAUACCAAGCA